AUUUGUUGAUACGGUCAUUAUCAUCUCUAUGUUAAGGAACACGCGUUUAGUUAUCUCGUUUGAAUUUUUGUGCACAAGUUGAAAUUUUUUAAACAACAAGCAUUGUUGCGAGAUUUGAGAAUCUGUACUUGCAACAGAAGUAUUGAACACAGACAUUUUUACUGACGACAAUCCUCAGAAAAAUUGAUAUGGAGACAGAGAUUGACUCCAACCAACAUGCUGUUAUCGAAGUGGCAACGGAAAGCAAUAUUCAAUCUGAGCAAAAUGCAUUACUAUCCGCACCACUUGAUACAGAAAAAAAUACAAAAGGUGAUGGGGAAAUGCAAAAUGUGCCAAACAAAGAUGAAAGCACACUGGAAAAGUGUGGAGCCACAAAAACAGAGGAAGCUACGAAAGCAGUGGUAACUGAUAUGCAGGAGGAGAGCGAACUACAACCAGAGUCAGUAAUAAGUACCUCCAGCAUAAUAGAAUUAAACCGAGAAACUAUUACUGAAGGAAGCUGUGGAAGGCCUACCAGCAAAGAAGUAGUUGUCAUUGAAUCCGUUAUUCAACUUUUGCCGUCCAUUGAUGAGGCUAACAGCAGUAGUGCUACUUCAGUAGCUGCGGAAACAGGAAUAGGCCCCAGUAAUGAUCUCGUUAUAGCGGCAGAUACCGAUAUAAUUGAAAUAAUGGAUGUAACACAAGCGGAAAUGGUUGAUAAAUCUACUGAGGCACAGUUAGUAAACGAUAAAUCUUUAUCGUUGCAAGUAAUUACUGAUGAGGUUUCACCUAUAAAAGGCGCACAAUCUAGCCUUGGUUUGCUCUCGCAGUAUGGCUCCGAUGUUGAUGAAGGUGAUUCGAGCGAGUCGGAAACAGAGUCAGUAGUUGAAGUGCGUACUAACGCCAACAAAAACUAUCGUUCACAGGUUGUUGAAAUAGACUCCGACUCAAGCGAAACCAUUUCGUCGGCUUCUGAAUCCGAAACGGAAUAUUUAUCAAAAAUUGCCAAAGUCAUUAAAAAACGUAUAGGAACAAAUAAUGAUGAAAACGAUGAUGCUGAUGAUGACGAUGACUAUAGUGAAGGGGAUGGCAAAGAUAAUAAAAAAGGCGGUCGUCGUCAACCGCCACGUGUUCGAGGCGAAAUGCUGCUUGACGAUUUGCCGCCGAUUCAGGACCUACAGAUUUCAGUGCCAGCAGAGGAGUGUACGGAAUUGGGGCGCGUUCACUCUAUCGUAGAUCAAUUAUUGCUGGUGAGCGCCUUACCAAAUUCAAUUAUUCUCGAUUUGGACACAGUACUUUUCCUAGACAAAGGCAAACGUGUUUUGGGCGAAGUGUUCGAUGUCUUGGGUCAAGUAGCAGAUCCAAUAUAUUGUGUUCGUUUCAACACAAACCAGGAUAUACACAAAAAAAAUAUAAAUAUUGGUGAUGUAGUUUAUGUGGCCCCGAAAACCGAAUAUACACAAUAUGUAAUACUUUCGAGUCUUAUGAAAAUGCGUGGAUCGGAUGCCUCUUGGGAGAAUGAUAUAGAACCUCCACCACGAUAUUUGGACUAUUCCGACGAUGAGGAAGAGCGGGAAGCACGCCAGCAAUUGCGCAAAAAUCGUCGACAAAGCACUAAGGAAGAUGAUGGAAAUGAUGAUGAUGAUGAUGAUAAAGACAAUUAUCCUAUGAAACGAGGACGCAAUCUCAGUGAAUCAGUAAGUGUUGCGGAAAUGCAGCAAAGAAACGAACGUCCCAGUAGUAGUACGCGAAGGGCUCAAACGGGUAUUUAUCAAAAAAGGCAUGAACGCUUCGCACCGCGUCCGUAUGCGCCGCACAGCUAUCAACCACAUCAUAGCACCAGCAGUUGGCAUUCACAUUACAACCAACAAUAUCAACCGAGGCCCCCGUCACACGGUUACCGUUCACCAUAUUCUGGGCCAUUCCAGUACCAACGUCCAUUAUAUUGUGCGCCGCCUUCAAGACCACCACAAUUCAAUCCAUAUGUACAUCCUCCAAUGUCAAUAGCUGCACCACAGGGACCAUUGCUUCCCCCAAUGGGACACUCAAUGCCUCCACCGCAAAUGACCCCACCAUCCCCAACUGUGUAUGUGCCGAACCCACUUGCUUUUCAAACACCAACACAAAUGGAACAACCUUCACGGAUACAACCUCCUAAUGCUAAUCAAAACGUAGCGGAGCCAGCGCCACCAGGUGCGGAUUAAGAGUGAAUUAGUUACUAGGCUUAAAUCAGUAUGUACCUUUAUAUUUCAUAGAUUUAAAAUUGUUCAUCGGUGCAGUAAUAAUUUGUUUAAAAAAUCACAAAGAAAUAAAUUUCUGUAAUUUAAAUUUAUUUAAAAACAAUGUUUUUUCCAGUAUAGUGUUUUAUUUUAAUUAGUAUCUUAUACACGUACAUCUGCGUGGUAAAAAUAUUAAAAUCUUAAUUUAAUAUACUUUCGUGUAGGUACAUAAUUGAAGUGGGCGAAAACUGGAUACUUUUGUGGUAUUAGGUGUAUUUACUUUCAUUCAACAUACAAAGAUUUUUCUAGGAUAAUAUGUAAAAUAUAAAGAUUGAUUUAACAAACACAAAUCUGCAUUGAAUAACAAUUAGCCGUUAUAUUGUAAGUGUUCUACAAAUUUUUCGUACAGCACACAUGUAUGCAUACGUGCAUGCAUUUUAAACAGUUAUCGAUAACAUUGAUUAGGAUUUGUAAUUCUUUAAAAAUGUAUACUCGCAUACAGUUAAUGAGCUACGAAAAAAAUAUACACAUCCGCAUUAAUUUAAGUGUUUCGCUAUUUUAUGUAAACUUGCGCUAGCGUUAAAAUUACAUUGUAAUAUUUUAGUACUUUUAUUUUUGUAAAUAUAAACCUGUGUUUAAAAAUUUGAACUUUUCUCGAGCGUUGCGCACUGUUGAUCGUCUGUUGCGCAUUGAAAAAAUUUGCAAAUUUAUAUUAAUUUGCUGCAGGCACAAAUAUUUAAGGAUGCGACAACAAUAGCACUUGAAAGCGUUUAAAGAAGCCUAUUUAUUUACAAAAAUAAAAACGAAAUUGAACUCGUUAA